CCACUAAUUCAAGAUGGCGGCUACUAGUGUGCUGAGGAAAGCUGGCUCGUUUAGUCAAUGUUUUGGAUGUUUUAGAAGUUAUACGAAAAAUAUUGGUUUAGAUAUUAAGAGUGUAUCAAGACGUUUAUGUACUGGAGCAAUAGAGACCUCAAGUUCUUCUGACGAUUCAGUUUCAGUUGUGAAUGAAGAUGUUCCAGAAAAACGCAAAGAAUUUCGUAAAUUCAGAUCUAGACUUUACAGGCAAAAUCGAAUGAAUCCAGAGCUCGAGAGAAGAGCACGUCAAGGAAAUUUAACUAUCAAUCUAGAUGCUGUACACAAGGACUGGUUAGCUAAAGGUCUUCAAAGCACUCGUAAUCUUGCAAAGCAUUAUGGGAUAUUUGAGCAUAUUUUUGCAGGCCUUGAGUUCAAACCAACAGUUUUGAUGAAAAUAAUAUAUGAACAGGGAAAUCAAGAAGUUAAAUGGGGAAACUUUGUCUCACCAUCUCAGGCAAAGUCUUGUCCAACUGUUGAUUUUCAAAGUGAUUCUGGUACAUAUUGGACUUUAAUUCUUACAAAUCCAGAUGGUAAUAUAUGGGAUAAAGACAGUGAACUUCUUCAUUGGUUUGUUGCAAAUAUUCCUGGGAAUAAAGUGUCUGAAGGUGAUGUGAUCAGAGAGUACAUUCCUCCAAUCCCGCCAAAGGGUACUGGUUUCCAUAGAUAUGUCUUCUGCUUGUUGCGACAGAAAGAUAAGCUUAACCUGGACAAAUAUACUCCUUCUGAUUCAAGUUUUUCUUCACAGUGGACAUUCAAACUGGCUGAACUACUCCAUGACAACAAGGAUGACGUCACUCCAGCAGGACUAGGGUUUUUCCAGGCAGCCUGGGACGAGACAGUAUCUAAUACUUACUUGGAGACAUUAGGAAUAGCGGAGCCUGUGUACGACUUGAAGCCGUUCAUCACUCCAACCUACAAACGAAAGAACACUACGACAGUUACCUUUGAAAACAAGUAUAGAAACAUGUAAAUAAACGCCAAGUAUCCUUGAUGA